UAUAGGGAAUAGGGUGUGCCAUUUUGGGAUAGAGCCCACGUAUGACCAAGGAAGGAACAUCGACCGCUAACUUUACCUACUAAUAUGCAUAAUUCAGACAGACUUACCUACUGUAUCUAUGCAAAAUUCAGACACUCUCCACUGCCAUUACAACCUUGCCAGAUGGAAGACCUCUCCAACUACACAGACCCCAACAACUGUGAAAAGAUGAACAAUUCCGUAGACGGCAAUUCUACUCUCCUCUCCACCAACCCCCUACUUUAUGUCCAGUAUCUACUAUACACUGCUGGCGACUCAAUAAACCUCAUCCUGAGCCUUCCCACCAAUGCCUACGUCCUGUGGCUGAUCGUGAGCGGAGCGGGGGGGAUGAUGGCCUCAGACGUUUUCUCUCUCAACCUGGCCGUGUCUGAUAUACUCACCUGCUUGUCCAGUCUGAUGUUUAUACUCCAUGAUCACAUCCUGAAUUACUUCCAAGAGGAUGGUGUUUUAUGGAGCGUUGCGAUUUUCUUUAAGGGUUUCAUCCUUACUGGUCGUCCUCUGUUCCAGUGUUGUAUCUGUGUGGAGCGCUACCUGGCGGUGGUCUACCCAGUAACCUUCCUGAAGUACAAACCCCUUAGGUACAGGGUGGGGUGUUGUGCUGUCGUCUGGCUGAUGGUGCUUGGGUCCUGCUUUGCUUAUAUGCUUGGUGAAUCAAAAUGUAUAAUGAAUGACUUUACUUUGGGUUUCACCCUGGUUAUGUGUUCUGUGAUGUUGUUCUGCUGCCUGGCUGUUCUCAGGGCCCUGAAAUGUCCUGGGCCGGGGGAAGAGGAAGGGAUGAACAACGUGAAACUGAGGGCCUUCAGAAUCAUUUCAAUGAUCAUGGUGUCUAUGGUUGUCACGUACCUCCCACUGGUUCUUCAGUUGAUCAUUUAUCGUUUUAUAAAACAAGUGGAUUAUACAUUUGGUAUGUCCAUUUGUUUCUCUAUCAUAGUGGUCUUUGGGUUUGUGCAGCCCCUUCUCUACAUCCACAGAGCUGAGAAACUGCCCUGUACYAGGAAUCCCUGAGGAGAUCGUCCUUAGAGAAGCUACAUGUAGCAUUUCAACCUAUUAGCUCCGGAUGGCAAUGAUAUAUCUCUAGCAGUAAUGGAAUGAAAUGAUAUAAUUAUUUAAACAUUGUCCCUGAYACCAGGGUUGCCACAUUUUUUAACUUUUCCAAAAUUCCCAGGUUUUACAGAAAUCAGAAGGAAAUGGGCCAGAAAUCUGGAAUCCUCCAACCAACAUUUCUGGAAAACCUGGUAAUUUUUGGAAAGUAACCAGAAUAUUGCAACCCUACAUGUGAUAGAGACCAACUCAGGGGCCUUGUGGGAGAUUGAUCCCUGGCCGAGUCAUACCAAAGAAUGUAUGGGACCAGAUGUUUCUCUGCUCGCUCCACCAUUUCCUGGCUGCAAAAUAUGUAAUAGUUUGCCUAAUUUGUAUCAUCUAAACCAC